GGUCCAUGAGACCCACCCUGGUGCAGACGGUCGGCGGCGGUGCUGCGUCGCUGUGCUGCGGAGGACGUUGUUCACAGAGCGGAAGAUGGCGACUGUUUGGAGGCUGCAGAGGAAACUCCGGAGCUGAUACCGGGGGAAAGAACAGCAAACACAAACACUCACAGCCACCAAAUAUCCACGGCUACAACAACGACGAUAAUGUCCCGCUCCCCUGAUAAUGAGGAUGGAUGCUUUGUUGCCAUGGAUACAGAAGAUGAUGGUGCAGAUCCUGCUGGGAUAACAGAGGAGGAAGAGGCAAACAUGGGGUCCUGCCGACAAGAAGGGAACAUGGACAAUUGUGCCAAACGAGGGGGGAGAACCAUGGUUGAGUUGCCAGAGGAAGUUCUUGAAUAUAUUCUGUCCUUCCUCUCACCUUACCAGGAGCACAAGACCGCUGCUCUUGUAUGUAAGCAGUGGUAUCGUCUCAUUAAAGGUGUUGCUUAUCAAUGCUACCACGGAUUCUUGAAAGCUGUCCAGGAGGGAAAUAUCCAGUGGGAAAGUCGCACAUACCCAUAUCCAGGAACUCCAAUAACUCAGCGCUUCUCACACAGUGCAUGUUAUUACGACUCAAACCAGUCCAUGUAUGUGUUUGGGGGUUGCACUCAGAGUAGCUGCAAUGCUGCCUUCAAUGAUCUGUGGAGACUUGACCUCAACAGCAAGGAGUGGAUCCGCCCUUUAGCCUCAGGCUCUUAUCCAUCUCCUAAAGCUGGGGCGACUCUAGUGAUGCACAAAGAUCUGUUAGUGCUGUUUGGGGGAUGGACGCGGCCGAGCCCAUAUCCACUGCACCAACCAGAAAGGUUUUUUGAUGAGAUCCACACCUACUCUCCUUCAAAAAACUGGUGGAACUGUAUAGUAACAACACAUGGACCUCCACCAAUGGCUGGUCACUCUUCAUCUGUGAUUGGGAACACCAUGGUGGUUUUUGGUGGAUCACUAGGAGCUAGGCAAAUGAGUAAUGAAGUCUGGGUUCUGGAUCUGGAGCAAUGGUCCUGGUCCAAACCCCCCAUAUCUGGCCCCUUACCCCACCCGCGAGGAGGCCAAUCACAAAUUGUGAUUGAUGAUCAGACGCUGCUCAUCUUGGGAGGCUGUGGCGGUCCUAAUGCACUCCUUAAAGAUGCCUGGCUCCUUCACAUGGAUUCACCACCAUGGAGGUGGCAGCAGCUGCAGGUGGAGAACGAGGAGCACGGGGCCCCAGAGCUGUGGUGUCACCCAGCUUGUAGAGUGGGCCAGUGUGUGGUGGUGUUCUCACAAGCUCCAUCUGGCCGUGCACCUCUCAGCCCAAGUCUUAACUCUCGGCCCUCCCCGAUAAGUGCCUCACCGGGCCCUCUGGGCUCCGAACCGCCUUCCCUGCGCUCUCAGUCUCCUGUUCGGAGCGGGGCGGCCGGCGUUGUCCUGGGAGCAGUUGAAGAGGCUCCUUGUGUAAAUGGCCGAUGGGGCACGCUGAGACCUCGGCCAUCAGCGAGAGGGGCCAGAGAAGGGAGCCCCUCCUCCCCCCAGCAGCCGUCUCCUUCACAAGGCUCAGACAGCCCUCCUCUUCCUGCAGUUCCCCCGUUAUUAAACGGAUCCUCCCCUUCACCAAAGACCAGCCCGGCCCAGGCUGCCUCUCCUUCCUCACGGCCCCUCCUAAAUGCCUCCACAGACUAUGGCUGGGAGUCUCCUCUUGCUGCCGCUCAGCACCCUGAGGUGCCCAGUACCAAUGGCCUGCAUACCCCUCCUGCCGGCUCCCCACACACUCCCCCAGGAGCAGUGUCUCCCGCUGCCUUACGACGAGGUCUGGAGGCAGUGAAAAACAAAUCUUCCUCAUCUUUACCGUCUUCAUCGUCAUCGUCUUCCCUUCAGACACAGGGGGCUUCUCCUGGAGGAGGAAGCGGUGGAGGAGCCGGUCCACCUGGAACCCCUCCGUCUUCCUCCUCCAGCCCUCCGCAGGCUGCUGGAGCUGAUGGACACGCUAUCCCACCUAUUGCACGGCGUCUGGGCCAUCACCCACCCCAAAGCCUGAACGUAGGGAAACCUCUAUACCAGUCUCUCAACUGCAAGCCCAUGCAGAUGUACGUGUUGGAUGUUUCCAGGGCCAAGUCUGCGCGGGUGGUGUCCUGGAGAGUUUACGGGAACGGGACCCCCGCCGCGGUAACAGGGCCUCCGGAGACCAGCCUCCACACAGUGGUACAGGGAAGAGGAGAGCUCAUCAUUUUUGGUGGCCUCAUGGACAAGAAACAGAAUGUGAAGUACUACCCUAAAACUAACGCCUUGUACUUUGUACGCGCUAAGAGGUAAUGCAACUUCAGGCGGGAUGGGUAGGACGGACGCUCCGCCCUGUGAUCACACAAGGGAAAUGACAAACAAGGCCUUUUUCCUAUAGAGAGGAUUAUGGGAAAAGAACAUAAUCAUUGUUAGUUGUUCCACUUCUGAAAUUCACUAUUAUCCCUUCUGCCUGCAAGCGUUCAAAAUACAACACUUUUAACUACACUUUGAUAAAAACAUUUGGUUGAAUGAGAAUACUGACUGGUGGUAUGGGUGUGUCAGUAUGUGUGUUUGUGACUGCAGUGAUUAGACAAGACAUUUUGUUGUUGUUCCCAAAAAGGUGAUCAACCAAAAAAUAACAUUAAUUUUUUUCUGUGUCGCCCUCCUCCGAACUCUUGGAAGAACUGACGCAGAAACGUUUAUAGACUACCUUGCUUUUGUAUCGCUCUUUAAACCUGCAAUGCAGAAAACAGUGAGUGUGUGUGUGUUAUGUGUGCACGGUGGUGGUUAAAAGUUGUUGACUAUUGUGUCGGGCGCCAUGGCGGGUGAGAGAUGUGGCACUGUACUAUAAACAUACUUAAACAAUAAAGGCCUCCAUGUCUGGUCGGUCACCGUCUUUAAAUUCCUGCUGUGUGUGUUUAUCAAACAUUACUGCAAUUAAAAGAUAUCUCACCAUUAAGUCUAUUAUUUGGUGAUCACAAGCUUCAA